AUGUCAGCGUUACCUAAAAAGCACGGUGGAUGGGCUGACGAAUUCAAAAAAUCAGCAAGCAAAAAAAAUGUUUUGGAAAACAUUGAAAAAGAAAGAUUUCUUUCAUCUGCUUCAUCCAGAGACGGAAAUAUAAUUGAAAUUCCUGAAAUUGAUGAGAUUCAAAAUCUUGAUAACAUUUCCGAGCCUCCUUCUAGAACAAUUUAUAACAAAGAUCUCGAUCUGGAUGUUUUGAAAAAGAAUCCGAUAAAUGUUGAUGACAAAACCGAUUUGUCAAUUUUAUUUGAAGUCCUCGAAUCUGAAAGUGAAAUUGAAGAACCUGACGAAAUAUGGCACUGGAAUCAAUUAUUCACUAAUGUAACAGCUCAAAUAUCUAAUGAAAAACAAUAA